UCAUCUUCAGCUAGCGCCCUGGCUACGGCUAUAAACCCGCGCACACGGUGUGCUUUAGGCUCGGACACUCCGCGCGUACCCUCUUGGCACCACUCAGAUAUGCUGACGCUGGCGUUUGUCGGAUAUGCUCUGGCCAGUCUGGUCACAGUGUGGAUGCUCGCCUUUUGGAAAAGAGCACGCCAUCGGUACCCUCCCGGGCCGAAGGGGUUGCCCGUCAUCGGCAACGCUUUUGACGUGCCCACGGGAAAUGGCUGGCUCGUGUUCAGGGAUUGGUCACGUCAGUAUGGCUCUCAAGUCGUUCAUGUUGAGGCUCUCGGCAAGCAUAUUUGCGUGGUGAACAGCGCAAAGGCUGCGAAGGAGCUGUUUGAGGGACGCCCUCAUAUAUACUCUGACAAAGAGCAGUCCGUCAUGAUGCUGGAAUUAUCUGGCUGGCGGCGCUCUUGGGUGAUGCUUCCAUAUGGGGAGUAUUGGAGGGAACACCGCCGGUUCUUCCACCACCAUUUCCGCCCAUCGGCCGUUCCACAAUACCACUCCAAGCAAACGAAAGCCGCCCGCAGGCUGCUGCAGCUGAUCCUGUACACACCGGGCAAUUUCACGAAGCACAUCCGCUACGCAGCAGGCUCUGCACUUCUCGAUGUUGUGUACGCCUUCGAUGUACAGCCUGGCGACCCCCGCAUCGAACUCGUCGAAAACGCCGUGGACACGGCCAACAAGCUAAUGCACGCAGGGGUAUACCUCGGUUUGUGAUGUCAUGCACGUCUCUCUUUUUCCCACUUUAUUGAUGGCCCUUCACCA